GCCAUGACAAGCCUAAGGGCUCGGGCAACAGACCAGUGAUCCGAUGACUCAGCCCGAGUGACAGAAGGUCCAGGCAGGUCGAAAGCACAUGGCUCCAGCUGAACUGGCAUCCUGGCACUGAUGGUCGCCUGAUGGCAUCGGUCCGAAAGUAAGAAUAACAAAACAAAGAACGAUCACGUAUGGCUUUACUUACCUGGCAGCUUUCCUAGUCUCUCAGGUGGAUGGUUGGCUCGCCGGGUAGAUGAGAAACAAGAACCGUAACACCAGGGGCUCUGCCCCGGUACAGGUAAAACUUAGUAUCAUGAGCCAGGACACCAGGUUGCGGCACAAGAUCAUGAUCGGGUUCACCUGGGAGCUGGGAUAUGAGCUCAUAUCUGUCAGGAACGGGAGGGGAGGUUUCUGGCCCCCGGAACACUACCAAGCAAAUUAUGACCUGGUCACGUUUUGUGUGCAAGAACCGUUCAGAAAGCAGUCAGUUCAGAAAGAUACAGACAGACAGUCAGAAGUACAGUCCAGAAUCCAUGUUAGCACCAGUAAAACUGCAACCAGGCAGACAGUAUCAGUUCAGACACUGCACCAGGCAGCCCUACAAGCAUCGACCCGGUGUAACUUACCCCUUCGAACCGCAAUUAUUGAGUGUGUUAGGCAAAAGGGAAAGAACAAGGAGAGUGUGAAGGAACUCUGUGAGAGCAUCGCGAAUACAAUUAUCGUCAUCGACAAUGUCGUGCGUAUGCGUGGAGAGCUGGGAGCCUCCCAUUUUAAGGGCAUUUGCGAAGAGAUGGAAGGGUAUCUUCAAGGCAUGGCACAAGAUUUGAAGGAUAUGAAGCGCAAGCACCGUAGCAUCAAGGGUAUCUUUAGUGUCGACGAGUUCCGAGACGCCAUUCAAGCCUACAGGAACGGAUUGUUUGAGCCCUUGAUGAAGAUCUGA